CCUCGUCUUUCCUGUCCUUGAACCGCUUCCUCCCCAUGGGUACUGCCAACCCUGCAGCGCCUACUGCUGGAGUUAUCCCUGCCCGACCCUUCCUACAGGGCCCCGGGUCCGCCCCAGGGUUGGGUCCCCAGCCAAGGCCCCAAUACCUCCAGCUCGCCGUCCUAGGCAAGCCCCCAGACGCAGUGCGCCAUGUGCUCCACAUCCAGACCCGGGGACCUUCUCCCAAUGUCGUGGUGUCCUCUGAAUCGCAGGGGUCGGGCCCAAACGUAGCCGUGUCCCAGAAUUUAUCUGGUAAUCUUUUUACUCUCCAAGGAGCUGGGUUCAACGUCGGUGCGUCGCAAGGUUCAAGAUUCAACAUGAUCGCGCCACAGAGUUUGAAUUCUAAUGUCUUGGGACCACGCAGUGUAUGUCUCAACGUAAUGGCCCCAAGAGUACAAAGCAUCGCACCUAGAGGUCCAGGUCGUAACGUUGUGGUGUCCCAAAGCCUUAGUUUUAACAGGCUUGGUGGCAGCUUAUUGAUUACUCCACGAUUACAGCCCAUUGCGCCACGAAACGUUGGUUCCAAUUUGGUGAUUACACAAAAUGGUGUUCCCAACAUUGUUGUGUCACAAAACGGCAUCCCGAACGUUGUUGUGUCACAACACGGCGUUCCCAACGUUGUUGUGUCACAACACGGCGUUCCCAACGUUGUUGUGUCACAACACGGCGUUCCCAACGUUGUUGUGUCACAACACGGCGUUCACAACGUUGUUGUGUCACAAAACCUUAUUCCCAGCGUUAUAGUUCCUCAAAGCGUUGUCCCAAACGUGGUGGUGCCUCGACAGCUUGUCUCAAACCUGAUGGUGCACCAAAACCAGAAUUUUCGCCCUGUCUCUCAAGCAAGUCUCAGACCGAAUACCUUCCCACAAGUCGCCUACCGCCAACAACUCUACCGAAGGCCAGGACCUUCUUCAAGACCCCCAGCACAGUCGGUCGCAGGUGGCUCAUCAUACCUCGUCAUAGCCCCCAAGGGAGUGGCAACGUCUCCUCCCCAGCAAAGUUUAGUCCCACCAGCAUCCAUUCCAUCGUUGGGGUUUAGUCAUGGCAAUCACGGCACAAGUCACUUGUCCUCCAAGUCACCUCCUUCGGCUAUAGGCGGUGACCUCGUAGGUCAUUCCGAGUCCCAGGCCUCGCGGUUGCGGGAGUACAGAGCAGAGAAACGGCGCGUGCGGGCAGCACAGCAGAAGCGGGAGCGUGAAGAGGCCGUGGCGCGACACCAGCGCCGACUGGAGGCUGCCAAGGAUGAAGAUGGCUCUUAUAUACCCUCCCUCGUCGUGGAUACAGUGACCGUCCCGCUUGAGAACCCGCCACCUCUGGGGCACGAGUGGGUCAUCAGAAUUGUGACGCGCGAUGAUGGUGACGAUGAUGAAGUGGGGGAUCGAAACAAGAAACGAGUGGUGAUUGAUGGCCCGCGUCCUACUGCAAGAGACGUGGUGGCUGUUGACGACAAGUUGAUGACUAAUGGCAAGCACAAGAAAAGACCGGACCGGCAUUUGGAAGCAAAUAACUCUUUGCACUGUGAUGGUGCUGAGCCCUGUAGUGAUUCUAAUGAUGAAACUUGUGAGAAAAAUACAAAUUCUAGAUUGAUAUGUGAUAAUAAAUCUGCAAAGAGAAAUUCUGAUACAAGCUUGGGUUCGACAAACGUACCGAAAAAGGCGAAAUUUUCUGUGAAUUCAGAAAUUGAUGAUGAGUUUUGUGGGUUCGGGGAUCAGGUUCAUAGUUCAACCAGGCUUAGGCUGGAGCGGCUGAAGGAUCUUGCUAGUGGUGCCAGUGGGCGUGUAGGAUCCAAACGUCCUACUCGUAUUGACUCCUCUGACGACGACACUUGUUCCGAAGACGGUAAAGAUGAUGCUGAUGAAGACAAAUGUAUGCACCAGAACAACGGAGGUUCUGCAGCGAGUGCGGCAAAAGUGUCUCUUGAAACUGAAUCUGAUGAUGAGAAGCACGAUGAUGAGGUUAAAGAUGUGGAGAAGCAAAAUGGUGAGAAGCAGGAUCUGAUGAAUAGUGGCAUGAGACAGCAAUCAAGUCGAUGGAAGGAUGGUAAUUCGGACGACGACAGUGAGAGAAAUUCAGUCACAAAACGGAAGUUGGUUGAAGAAAUGGAUGAUGCCCAUGUAAAUGGUGCUGCAGCCGAGAAAAAGAAGAAAGUGUGUGACGAACAGGAGUCCUUUUCUGGACAGGAGAAAGGAGGUUCUAAGGAGGAAGGAGGUUCUAAGGAGAAAGGAGGUUCUAAGGAGGAAGGAGGUUCUAAGGAGGAAGGAGGUUCUAAGGAGGAAGGGUUACUUUGUGACGAAAAACUGGAGCUCUCUGACGUGGAGCAAAACUCUGGCGGAAGCAAAUCUGGAGACAAACUGGAGUCCCAGACACCACCUGAAGGUGAAGGACCUACCAAGAAGCAGGACGACAUCCCGGUCCAGAAAGUAGAGUGGGUGUUGGUGAGAACUUUGUCUCGUGUAGCGACGGGCGCGAAAGAACCGCGACGGAACACGACGUUUGAGCAGCUUGCAGCUGUGCCUGUAGUGCGAGUACGGCGGCUGGGGGAGGGUCUGGCGCUGUACAAGCUGCUGUGCCAGACACACAAGCUCGGCAUCACCUCCUACACGCGCGCCUCCAACGCCCUACACAGCGACAAACGUCGCAAGUCUGAGGAGGAGACUCGUGAGAAACUUGCCCUGAAGGCGCAGAAAGCUCGGCAGCUGCUGCGUUGCUACGUGCAUCGUCAGGAGCAGUUCCUCAGGGCCUACCUGCUGGGGGAAGAGCAGCCAGUGGAUGAUCCGCCGUUCAGCGCUAGCGACAUCACCUCCUGGAACCAAAAUCUGGUGGCGGUAUUCCAGGACCCAGAGUACCGAGAACUUUUCCUGCUGCAGGUGCGCCAGCUGCUGCAGUUGGUGCGGGAUUUGCGUUAUGUCAUGAGGACUAUAAAAAAUAAUCCUCGAGCAUUGCCCUGGGAAGGUGACUCUCAAUUCUCCCUCCACGAGACACUCUUGCCCUUCUGGAGGCUCGCCAAUCCCCACGAAGUUUGGCAGUUGGAAAAAAACCUCAACUGCCUGAUCCGUUCGAAAACUACUCCUCUAGAGGCACUCCAGCGACGUGACUCAGUUCGAUAUGAGGCUGAAAACUUCGCUAUGUUCCUUGACCUUGCAUUUAAUCCGUUCAUCGGCAAGCCUCCCAUGAGCGUGCAAGACUUCGUGGAGCUCUUUGGGAUUUGUUGUGACCCUGAUGACUUCUUCCCCCAUUCUCUUCUUGGUCUUCCCCAGGACACGGCCUUGUCUUUUCUCUUCUUCCCAUACGAACGCUCCCCGUGGGAGGCCCUCAACCCCAACAGCACUUCGAACGUCCCCCAAACAAUCGUCUACGUCUCAGACGAGGACAUUGUGAGGAAUGGGGACAUGCUCUCAAUGGGUAUUUCUUCUGCUGGAGAACCUAGCCCUCUACCUGAUGGUGGUCAUGACCAUUCAGCCGACAUGAAUAGUCAUGACCUGAAUCCCAAAGAUUCCAUUCCAGUUGGUGGCUCUGUUCCUAACCCCUCCAGCGGUACGGUUGAAGUCCCCACAAGACAGGCAUCACGGGUCGUCGUGGACGUAGAUUGUUUGAGACCGUACAGUGGAGUGCCAUUGUUGAUAAAGUCAUCUGAUGAUGUUGAGAACCUGGACGCGCCCUCGACCGUUGAAAAACUUUCUACAUGCCAGACCAGCAUCGAAGAAGACUCGGAAAUGCUUACCUCAUCUCAUAUGGAUCUUGUUUCUAAACCUUUAGUAGGAAACCUACCUCCAGGCAGUGCUGGGUUGUCGACCACAAUACAGAAUUCAAACCAAGAAGAACCUUGCAACUUAGGCAGCGAAGAGCAUGUAAAGAAUAGUGAAACUGCUGAAGAGUGUCCAAGGCGAUCAAGUGAAAGGGACGCAAGGGAUCCCGAUGAUGCAGGAGAACGAGAAACCUUGAACGAAAAAGUCAUCGAGAGAAAUGGCAAAGCUUCUUCAGAAAAUGUGACGGCUGAAGAAAUUAAUCAUCCCGGGGAGAAGAGUUUAAAACGCGACAUAACCUGCAGAAGAAAGAUUGAAGAAGUCAAAGACCUUGAAGAAGCUUGGGGACAUUCAACAAAAUCUAUGAAAGGUAACUCCGUAGCUAAGGGUGUGAUCGAUAUCUCUGACGAUGAGGGCUCGACAACACUUUCUGCUGGGGCAACUUCUGAUGAGAACAGCAGUGAAGAGGCUCCAGCCAGGGGUUCUGGCACGUCGCGCGCAUCAAGCAUCGCUAACUGCACAGGCUCGGGCGCCAAAGAUGAUGACAAGUCUAGCGAGACCGGCGCUGGAAUUGCCGACAGCAAAAUAGAAAAUGGAAUCAACCUACGGCCGGCUGAAGGCAGCAUUGAGGUUCGUUCCCAAGCGGAAACUUCGGAGGAAGACCCGCGGGCUGGUGAAGGCAGCAUUAAUGCUCCUUCCCAAGCGGGAACUUCGGAGGAAGGCCCGCUGGCGGCCGAAGGCAGCACUGAUGCUCCUUCCCAAGCAGAGACUUCGGAGGAAGGCCCACGGGCUGGUGAAUGCAGCAUUGGUGCUCCAUCCCAAGCGGGAACUUCGGAGGGAGUCCCACUGGCGUCUGAAGGCAGCACUGAUGCUACUUCCAAAGCAGGAACUUCAAAGGAAGACCCACGGGCUGGUGAAGGCAGCAUUGAUGCUCCUUCCCAAGCAGAGACUUUGGAGGAAGGCCCAAGGGCUGGUGAAGGCAGCAUUGAUGCUUCAUCCCAAGCUGGAACUUCAAAGGAAUACCCACGGGCUGGUGAAGGCAGCAUUGAUGCUCCUUCCCAGGCAGAGACUUCGGAGGAAGGCCCAAAGGCUGGUGAAGGCAGCAUUGAUGCUUCAUCCCAAGCUGGAACUUCAAAGGAAGACCCACGGGCAACUGAAGGCAGCAUUGAUGCUCCUUCUCGUACAGGAACUUCAAAGGAAGACCCACGGGAGGCCUUCUUCCGCCUUAGCAAUGUACGUAUCCCCAACCGCACUCCCGCAGAGCGCUUGGCUUUUGACGCAAUUCUUAAACUUAGAAAAGUGCGAGAUCGCUCGUUUUUUGUGCAGCAGAGUCAGAGACUGGAAACUAAGUAUGGAAUCCUGGUGUCGUCAUUACUUGACAAAAAUACAAUGAAAACUCAGGUGGAGGCCAAACUGUUCGACAAGCAACUCUAUCUUGAUACUCUGUUAGGGGAAGCUGCGGAUGCAUCAAAUCGAAAUAAAUUAUUGCAACAAGUCAAUAUUCGCGGCUCAUGGCCGUCCCAGAUGGAUGAUAAUACAGAGGUAAAUACAAUGGUAACUGCUAAGGAGCUCCGAGAAGCACGAGCUGCUGUAGAUCUUCAACGUAGGAACCUGCAGAGCCUAAAAGAUGUCAUCGAAAAGAAUGAGGCCAUGAAAGAAGCCAUUGUUCUCAAGAUCUUGAAAUUUGCUGAGAAGUACAAUGUUAUAGAUUAUCUGGAAUAUAGUUCAUGUGUACUUAGCAAAGCAGAGACGAGUAAUGAAGCUGAGAAUAGCAUGUCUCCUUUGGAGCCCGUAGCUGUCGACAUCAAUGCGCAGGAUGUGGUCACAAAUUCCACAGAGGUCUUGCCAAAUCCCGACGCUGGUCCUAUCUCUGCUACUGGGGAGACUCGUGAUGGCCGAGCUUCUGCCGAAACUAUCGAUCGGGGCGAUGAUCUUGUGAAGGACACAACAAUUCCUCCUUCCUCGCGCUCGAAUGCAGAAGGAUCUUGUGAUCCUAUGACGACUCAGACUCCUGCUCUCAAUGACAGCACUUCGUCCGUGGAGAUCCUUCCAUCCUCCUCGACUCCUGAAAAUACCUCCGAACCAUCAGAACCUGUUGAGGCAAGGACAUCCCAACAAACAGAACCCGUUGAGGCAAGGACAUCCCAGCAACCAGAACCUGUGGCGCCAAGGACAUUCACAGCAUACAAGGCUAUACCUGUGUCGAUAAAGCAGCAUAUGUUGUUAGAUAUUUGCUGUAAUCUCAUUCUUUUGAAACGCUCUGAGUCAAUGCCCAGCAUGGUGAGGGUUCUGAUGGGACCUGGUAACGCGGGAACAUCGAACUUGAGUGCGACUGAGAACGACUCAUCAUCCCGACAAAACAUGAACAAGGACACAAUAGUCGCGUUUGGUUCAGGCAUGGACACAAUUGCCUUUGGUAAUGUCCACACAUUAUUCCAUUCAGAGAUGCCAGGUACCGGGCCUGAGGGCAACAGAUCAGGAGGAUUCAAUAACAAAACUGUCUACGGCCUCUCCAGCCCAGCUUUGGUGCCUCUUCUUCCCACCCAAAUGGGGAAAAUUUCUGGCACUAAAGAACUUAGUGUGUUACCCAUCCCUCCUCUCCCACUGCCCUCGAUUCUCCCGCCCUACCGAACUGCUCCCACCAAAGUCCUUCGCUCUGAGUGCCAAAUCAGCCCCAACAGUUCUAUUCUACAGGGCGUCCCAUAUGCUGGCCAAAACUUCGAUGAAAUUCAGGUCGUGCAAUCUGCUGGAUCCCGACAGCAUGUUGGGACCAGCCAAACGCUGGCGAACCUACGACCAUAUGCUCCUUCACAACUCUCCACGUUCCCCCAGCACGGCGCACCGACUUCUACUUCAUCUCCUUUCAUUGUAACAUCGCGAGGUCAACUCGUAAGACCGUGGAUACGGACCGUGGGAGACCCCGCGGUCCGAGGGCCCUACAAUACCGCGUCGCACCCUAGCACGUCAACAUCCGAUAACCCUGCACCACUGCCUCCUCAACAACAACACUACGAGAACAGGAAAUAUAAAUUUUCAAAUGAAAAUAUAUCUGUAGAGCAAAUGACUUCCUUGAUUAAGAUUCGCUUGAAUCAAGUUCAAGGAAAGCUGAAAGACUCGGCGUCCCGUGCAAGGGCCUUUGCGAAACAAUCUCGGAUGAAAGCUCGUGCCUUGGCUGAGAAAAGAAAUACUCAGCUCGGCCUGGCAAGCAAGGCAAGAGAAACAAACGAGAAACUCCAAGGUAACAAUGAUAAAAGUCAGCCUGAGAAUAACGUGAACCAGAACCGCGAUCAACGUAUCUCAGGCGAUAACCGUCAGUCUCUUGGAGGUAAGAGAAAACGUAUGGACGGGGCCUCUUUAGCAGAGAAGCGGCCCCGCCUCCAAGGGGGACCAACAGCCCCUCUUCAGAACCUGGACAGUGCCCAGCCUGUGUAUGACCUCUCGGAUUCUGACGCCGCGGACGAUCCUUUGUCUACACCAAAAAAUCCUGCAGGAAGCGUGGGUGACAUUCCAGAAGUUGUACCAGAAACGUUGGAAGAUCCGUUGAGUACCGAGCACAAUGUCCCGAAUGAAGAGAAUCCUCCAGCACCAGCAGGAGAUAAGACAGGACAAGUGGACGAUAAUCCUGCACUCAGCAAAGACGAUGAAGACGUAGGUGACGUCAGACCACAACAGGUCUUUCAAAUCCUCAGCGACGACGAGACUCCUCUUUUGGCCCGUGUGAAGAUCCGUAAGAACCGACGUCGGGUAUUGAACAAGCGAACCGUCGAGUCCGAUACCACGUCUUUGUCAAGCACGUCACCGAGCGACGAGGAUUCUGACGUUCGGGUCAUGUCGGGGGACGAGUCUGGUCCCGACGUUGUGGUCAUUUAAUUAUGUUUGUCCCCUGCUUCUCUUUAUUUUACACGUUAUUCCCAUCUCUAUAAGAGGUGACCGGCCGCGGCUGCAAUCCAUUUCACCGAAUUGUGAUCAACUAAUAUUUUCGUGGAAAUAUAAAUGUUGAAUAUUUUUAGUUAUGUUCUUCAAUAUUAGUUUUUUUGUACAUGGGUUAACAUAGUUUAAGAAUAGCUAUGCUUUGUACAUUGUACAGCCUUAUCGGAUGUGUAUUUAUCUGAAUUGAAUCGGCUUAAAUUACAUUGUAAAGAAUCUCUUUGGUUAA